UGUAUCUCUACAUCUAUAUAGUUGUUAUAUACUCGUAUUAUCUUCCAUGGGAUUUAGACAUUUAGUACUCUAAAACGCAAAGAUUAUGCAUAUUGAUAAAAUAUGUUACCACAUAAGCGUCAAGGUUGAUGAAGUAGCACAAAACAUCAGCAAAUUAUAGAGGGAAGAAAAGACACCAAUAUCAUCUUGAUGAAUCAGCUCAUCAUACGACGCCAUUAUAGUUGUCUCCCACAACCAAACAACAACAAAAUCAUUUCUCUCUGCAAAUCCAACCAACUUUCCGACGCAAUCCACAUCCUUAACCAUUCCUCCACCAAGCACAAAAAAUUACCAAUCCUAUACGCCAUUCUUUUACAAACCUGCACCAACACACAUUCCUUCAAUCCGGGUCUCCAAAUUCACUCCCAUGUUGUCAAAACCGGUCUCGAAACAGACCCGUUUGUCUGUAACAGCUUACUCGCAUUGUAUUUCAAAUUAUGUCCCAAUUUUGUACAUACUAAACGUGUUUUUGAUGGACUUUAUUAUAAAGAUGUUGUCUCUUGGACUUCAAUGAUAUCGGGUUUUAUUCGCGUUGGUAAACCAAUGUGUUCGGUUAGUUUGUUUCAUCAAAUGUUGGGACAAGGUGUUGAACCAAACGGGUUUACUUUGUCUUCUGUUAUUAAAGCUUGUGCUGAGAUUGGUGAUGUUAAUCUUGGGAGGGUGUUUCAUGGGACUGUUUUUCGACGUGGGUUUGAUACGAAUAAUGUGAUUGUUAGCUCCUUGAUUGAUAUGUAUGGGAGGAAUUAUGUUUCAUGUGAUGCACGUAAACUGUUUGAUGAAUUGCCUGAACCGGAUUCUGUUUGUUGGACUUCUGUUAUUUCGGCUUUAACGAGGAAUGAUUUGUUUGAAGAUGCGUUGGGGUUCUUUUUUUGUAUGAUGAGGAGGUAUCGAAUGUGUCCAGAUGGGUUUACGUUUGGGACGGUUUUGACUGCUUGUGGGAAUUUAGGAAGGUUGAAGCAAGGGAAAGAGGUUCAUUCUAAGGUUGUUACUUUCGGGAUUUGUGAUAAUGUGGUUGUUGAUAGUAGUUUGGUUGAUAUGUAUGGGAAAUGUGGUUCGUUGGAUGAUUCUGGUAAGGUUUUUGAUAGGAUGGGGAAACGGAAUUCUGUGAGUUGGUGUGCGUUGCUAAGCGGGUACUGUCAAAAGGGUGAUUUCGAUACUGUUGUUGAGCUUUUCAGGAAGAUGGAUGAGGUUGAUCUUUAUAGUUUUGGAACCGUGAUACGUGCGUGUGCUGGUUUGGCGGCUGUGAGACAUGGAAAAGAGGUUCAUUGUCAGUAUUUAAGGAGACAUGGGUGUCGAUAUGUUAUUAUAGAAUCAGCUUUGGUUGAUCUUUAUGCCAAAUGUGGGUGUAUAGAUCUUGCUUAUAGGCUUUUUGAACGUAUGCAGGUUAGAAAUUUGAUAACUUGGAACUCGAUAGUUAGUGGGUUUGCUCAGAAUGGGCGAGGUGAAGAUGCUAUUCGGAUGUUCAAUGAUAUGAUCAAUGAGGGGAUAAAUCCUGAUAGCAUUAGUUUCAUUGGCGUUCUUUUUGCUUGUAGUCAUGCUGGUAUGGUAGACAAAGGGCGUGGAUAUUUCAUGUUAAUGAACAAGAAGUAUGGAAUCGAAGCUGGAAUUGAGCAUUACAGCUGCAUGGUGGAUCUGUUUGGGCGGAAUGGGCAAUUAGAAGAAGCUGAACAGUUAAUAGAGUCUUCGAGGUUUAAGGAUGAUAAAUCUCUUUGGGCGACACUUCUAGGUGCUUGCAGUACUAGUUCUAAUUUCAUUGCCGCAGAAAGAGUUGCUAAAAGGAUGAUGGAUUUGGAUCCGAAUUAUCAUAUGAGUUAUGUCCUUUUAGCUAACGUGUAUAGAGCUGUUGGACGGUGGAAUGAAUCAGUUAAGAUUAUCGGGCUUAUGAAGGAUAGGGGAGUUCAUAAAACACUUGGGAAAAGCUGGAUUGACAUAGAUGAAGUCCAACAAGUAUAAUUAGUUUAGGACUUAGGGAUAGAACUAGACAUGUGAGGCUGAUAUAACUUUUAUUGAUGCAUCCUCCUGUAAUUCAAAACACUACACUAGUAUGAAUUCAGAUAUAACAUUUUUAAGCUAAUUAUAAUUAACUUCUCAUU